UUCCGAAUCACUCACGUUUGUUCAUCUCCCACACGCUCCCGCAAGAGGUUAAAUCUGCCCCAGCUCCAUUCCUCCGGUCAUAUCUGUCACCUGUUUCGGCCUUCACCCUACAAAUAGAGCUUCGUCAUCCCCUCCCUCCCCCAAUUUCUGUUCGAUACCUUGACCCAAAGGACAUCACUGUAGCCCCUCCCUCCCUCGUCCACCUCGCUUACACGGCCACUGAGUACCCCAUCCAUGGAUCGCUUCCUCGCACCGCAUAGUCCAGAGGCCAUGGCGCACUCACACCUCACUGAAAACUGGUUCAGCUGGGACACAGAGCAUCCCUCCUUGGACGAGACCCUCAUCUCCGGCUGUGCCACAUAUGAAGCCUUCAAACGUUACCUCAGUGGCUCCGACCUAUACCUGCUGCCUCGGUCAAGGGCUGAGUUGGAGAGCAUUCUAAAGAGAUAUGCAUAUGACACCAUUCACAAUACUAUUGCCAAGGCAAGAUCGCCUAUCGAACGUGGCGGCUAUAGUCGGACUUGCCACCUGGUGGAGAAGUCCAUCAGCAAAGUCCUAGACGAGAACGAUAACGUGUCCUUCCUCCUCGACCUGCACAAGCAAGAAAUGAACUGCGUGGCCGCGGAGAUGGGCACGUCGCCGCCGACUAGGUCCAUCAAGAUUAAGUAAUUAUGAGGAGUCUAUUGUCAAUCCGUCGUCGUCUCUUGCUCCUGCCAUGUUGUUCGUUAUGUUGACCUUGUUGCGACCGAAGUUUUGACGCAUUUGUAGCACCACCUGCAUAAUUAUUAGACGAUGUUUUUGUAUGUUGUAAAUUGUUCAAUGCAUUGCCUUUGUAUCUCC